CUGCAUUAGAACGUUCCUCUACACCAUCCGAUUUCGACCUGUAGCUUCGUUCUACGCACCGCUUGUUUGAUCAUAGCUGGGCGCUCACUUGAUACAGGAGCUCCUUACCCCGCGCCUUACAUUGAACUCAUUUGUCUAGAUCCAACGCCAUUGCGCUUGUUCAGUCAUCCAACAUUUACGAACCUACAUUCUGCAGCUCUGGCUUCCAGUAUAAGAAGCUUGCGGUCCCUUCUCCUCGUUACCUCCCUUCUCGUCCUCCUCCUCGCCAUCAUCUUGAAUCUGGCUGCCCCACGAGCCAUCUCCCGCCUGAGUCUGUGUCUGGGCCAUCUUCGUUUCAGACCAACCAAAACAACUUCUGUCAGCAGCACCUUCACGACCUACAGGCCCCUCAUGACCGCGACCAUGGCGCCCGAAAAGUACAAGAACCCACCGCAGCCCCCGCCGAUUUUCACGGGUACCAAAGACUCCAUUGUCAGCGAUGCCAAUGCGCUUUGUGACUCGACCAGGAAACUGCUCGAUAGCCUCGUUGCGAAUGUUCCCACCGAGAAGGCCACCUUCGCGUCCGUUUUGAAGCCAAUGGCGGAUGACGAGAACGAGUCCGGUCUGACCGCACGCAUUUUGGGCUUCUACCAAUAUGUUUCCGGGGAUGCCGACCUCCGCAACGCCUCCACCGAAGCCGAGAAGCUGAUGGACGACUUCGCUAUCGAGUGCAACAUGCGCGAGGAUGUCUACCAGCUUGUGGAGUCAGCAUUCAACAGACAGAAGACCGAGGAGCCUGAUCUGGACGCCGAGAGUCUGCGGUUACUCAACAAGGAGCGCAAAAACUACAUGAAGAAUGGGUUGGGAUUGCCGAAAGGGCCGCAGCGGGAUCGCUUCAAGGAAAUCAAGAAGCGUCUGAGUCAGAUUGGGAUCGCUUUCCAGAAGAAUCUGAAUGAAGAGAACCAGGGUCUGUGGUUCACCGAGGAAGAGCUCGACGGUGUACCUAAGGAUCUACUUGCGGGCUUGGAGAAGGGCACCGGCGAGAAUGAAGGCAAGAUCAAGAUGUCUUUCAAGUAUCCCGACUUGUUUCCGACCCUAAAGUUUGCGAAGAAUUCUGAGACAAGAAAAAAGGUAUUUAUCUCGAACGAGAAUAAAAUACCCGCCAACGUCGCGCUGUUCAAGGAAGCUAUUGUUCUGCGAGACGAGGCCGCGCGGAUGCUUGGAUACCCUAACCAUGCUGCGUUGCGUAUUGAGGACAAGAUGGCCAAGACACCAGAGACAGUCAACUCAUUCCUAGAGGGUCUGAAGGGCAAGCUUUUGGCUGGCGGCGAUGCUGAAAAAAAUCACCUGCUCGAGCUGAAGAAGAAGGACGAGGCAGCUCGAGGUCUCGAGUCAGACGGAAACUACUACCUCUGGGAUCACAGAUUCUAUGACCGCAUGAUGGUGGAGCAGGAGUACAACAUCGACGAGACCAAGAUUGCCGAGUACUUCCCUCUCACCAGUACAGUGGAGGGCAUGCUCAAGAUCUUUGAAGAAAUUUUCGGUCUGGCGUUCAUUAAACUCGGCCAAGAGGAGCGUGGAAGAUUAUCUCCAACCGGAAAAGCGGACGACAUCUCCUGGCAUGAGGAUGUCAUCAUAUUCUCGGUGUGGGAUGACUCCUCAGAGGGCGAUGGAUUCGUCGGCUACUUGUAUCUUGACUUGCACCCUCGCCAGGGUAAAUAUGGCCAUGCUGCCAAUUUCAACCUGUCGCCUGGUUUCCUGAAGAAAGAUGGCUCACGCCGCUAUCCCGCUACAGCACUGGUCUGCAAUUUCUCAAAGCCCACCCCCACAAAACCCUCCCUUCUCAAGCACGAGGAAGUCGUAACCCUUUUCCAUGAGCUUGGCCACGGCAUCCACGAUCUGGUAGGCAGGUGCACAUACAGCCGUUUCCAUGGCACUUCCACCGUUAGGGACUUCGUCGAGGCGCCGAGUCAGAUGCUGGAAAACUGGUGUUGGACGUCUAGCCAGCUGAAAGCACUGUCGAGCCACUACGAGACGGGCAAUUCGAUUCCGGAUGAUCUGAUUGAUAAGUUGAUCUCCACAAAGCAUGUCAACGACGCCUUGUUCAAUUUGAGACAAUUGCACUUUGGUAUCUUCGAUAUGAUGGUUCACUCUCCCAAAACGCAUGAGGAAUUGACAGAGCUUAAUCCUAGCAAGUUGUACAAUGAGUUGCGGGCGCAGAUCUGUGGCCUGAAGGGUCCCGAGGCGCUGGGUGAGCCGAGCACCUGGGGCCAGGGCCAAUCAACCUUUGGCCAUCUUAUUGGCGGCUACGAUGCUGGCUACUACGGCUACUUGGCCUCUGAGGUCUACAGCACCGACAUGUUCCACAGCUUCUUCAAGAAGAACCCGAUGGACGGCAAGGAGGGCCGAAGAUACCGACACACUGUGCUUGAACGCGGCGGUAGUCAGGACGAGAUGUUGACACUGGAGCAGUUCUUGGGUCGCAAGCCUAGCAGUGAUGCGUUUUACAAGGAGUUAGGCAUUACUGCCUGAUUUGACAUAGUCUCACAUGGUGUAGAUGGGAGAACUGUAAAGUUCCUGGAUUGGAAGCAGUAUUAUUGGACGCGUCUACACUCACUUACUGCUGGAUGCCUGGGGUUUUCUAGAUGUUGAAAAGAAAAAGAAACCAGAAAAGAUGAAUAAAUAAACAUGCCAGAGUACCUGUAUGUUUGAUUUCAUUAUGUUAUCAAACAAACCCAUCCCUAGAUCAAUCGUAAAUGACAUGAAGCCAGC